AUGCAAUCGGCGCCCGAUGGCUGCUUCCGUUAGCUUUUACUACCCAAUCCCCAAAAGCUUCCUUCUCUCCUCUCCCACUUGCAAAGGAAACCCUAAUCUCCUCUCCUCCACCAUACCCAUCCGCUCCUCCUCCUCCUCCUCCUCAUCGUCGUCAUCAUCGUCGUCAUCAUCGUCGUCAUCAUCAUCUUCUCGGCAGAUCUUGCACCAUCGCAGCCUCAAACUGCGUCGACGAUACCCCUCAUUCGAAGAUUCGCUUCCGUUUUUCCAAUUCAGCUCUCCGAUCGACGACCCGGGCCUCGCUAACCAAAACCCAGAAGGCUUGAACGGCGAAUCCCCCGAAUUUGUGUGUCGGAGGGGUGAAGACGACGUGGGAGUUUCGUCGAACAUGUGGUGGACAGAUCUGAAAGCGGCUGUCGGACAGCGUGUUAACAUCGAGGGCAUUUGCUCUUCGCUCUCCGUGGUGGUCAGAGAUCAUCACCUGGCUUUGCCGCACGUUUCGGUGCCGGAUAUAAGGUACAUUGACUGGGAUGAGCUGAAGCGGAAGGGUUUCAAUGGCGUGGUGUUCGAUAAAGACAACACUCUCACGGCUCCUUAUUCUCUGACUCUGUGGCCACCGCUCCGACCUUCCAUAGAGCGGUGUAAGGCCGUGUUUGGGCAUGACAUCGCCGUGUUUAGUAAUUCUGCUGGGCUCUCCGAAUAUGAUCAUGAUAGCUCGAAAGCCAGGGCACUGGAGGCUGAAAUUCGACUUAAAGUGUUGAGGCAUAGAGUGAAAAAGCCUGCAGGGACAGCUGAAGAGAUCGAGAAACACUUUGGUUGUCCGUCCUCGCAGCUAAUUAUGGUGGGUGAUCGGCCGCUCACAGAUAUCGUUUACGGAAACAGGAACGGGUUUCUGACCAUAUUAACCGAGCCAUUGAGUCGAGCCGAGGAGCCUUUCAUCGUUAGACAGGUGAGGAAGUUAGAGAGGACAUUGUUGAAUCAUUGGAUGAGAAGAGGUCUGAAGCCUGCAGGUCACAGUUUGCUAUCCGAUGUAACAGUCUGUGUCAAGGAUCCAUCAAAUUUGUAAGAAUGUUCUUUUUUUUGCUUACAUUACUCCUUGCCCUUUGGACCAACCGUCUUCCUUCAAAAUCAAGUUCUUACAUUAUCAAAA